AUAUAGUGCGUCGAGAGGUAUUCGUGAUGGUAACUAUGCUCCCGCUCCCGAUGGAUGUGUUCCUAUUCAUUUAAAUCUUGUGGCCAGGCAUGGGACUCGUGCUCCAACAAAAAAACGGAUUAGAGAGUUGGACAACUUGGAAAGUCGUUUGGAGAUGCUUAUAAGAGUUGCAGUAGAAAAUGGCUUGUCUCUGCAUAGAGUUCCUUCUUGGAUGAAGGGAUGGAAAUCUCCUUGGAAAGGAAAAGUGAAGGGUGGAGAAUUAAUUUCUAAAGGAGAGGAAGAAUUGUAUGAUCUUGGAAUCCGAACAAGAAAGAUGUUUCUGGAAUUGUUUAGUGAUGAUUAUCAUCCAGAAGUAUAUGCAAUUAAAGCAACUCAGGUUCCUCGGGCAUCAGCUAGUGCUGUGGCAUUUGGCAUGGGGCUGUUUAGUGGUAGAGGAAGCCUUGGAUCAGGUCGUCAUCGAGCUUUUUCUGUUAUCAGUGAAAGUCGUGCCAGUGAUACUAUGCUUAGGUUUUUUGAUUGUUGUCAAAGAUAUGAGGAUUAUAGGAAGAAUCAGGAACCUGCCGUUGACAAGCUCAAGGAACCUGUACUUGAUGAUAUAACUAAGUCACUAAGUGAACGUUAUGGUCUGAAUUUUACUCGGCAGCACAUUUCAUCUCUUUGGUUUCUCUGUAAGCAGGAGGCGUCCUUAUUGGACAUUACGGAUCAAGCCUGUGGACUGUUUAGCCCUUCUGAGGUUGCUUUGUUGGAGUGGACGGAUGAUGUUGAGGUGUUUAUAUUGAAGGGUUAUGGUAAUUCAUUAAACUAUAAAAUGGGAGUUCCUUUGUUGGAAGAUAUUGUCCAAUCCAUGGAGCAAGCUAUCAAGGCCAAAGAAGAAAAACAAGCUCCUGGCAGCUAUGAAAAGGCAAGACUUCGUUUUGCUCAUGCUGAAACUGUGGUUCCAUUCACUUGUUUGCUUGGGCUCUUCCUUGAAGGAUCUGAAUUUAGACAAAUACAAAGGGAAGAGCCUUUGCAACUUCCUCCACGGCCUCCAGCAACUAGAAUUUGGAAGGGGGGCAACGUUGCACCUUUUGCUGGGAAUAACAUGCUGGUUCUGUAUAACUGCCCCGCAAACUCAUCGGAUCAGUACUUUGUGCGAGUUUUGCAUAAUGAAGAACCUGUACCAUUGCUGGGUUGCGACGGUUCGGAUUUAUGCUCCUUUAAUGUCUUUAAGGAGAAAAUUGUGGCUCCUCAUCUUAAGCACGACUUCAACACAUUGUGUGCUGCAAACAUGGAAAAACCGACAUCAGAGCCUGAAACCAGUAAGUUAUCACUGUUCCGCUGGCUCUUCUGGCCGCGCAAUGACGAUAAACAACCCCGAAAAGAUGAAUUGUAGCAAAUGGUUACUUACUAUACUAUACAUCUUUCUCCUUGACAUUGUUUUCUUAACAUGCAUAUCAUCGACAGGCGCCGAACCCAGGUUUUCCUCGUAGGCAGGAGUUUACACUCAUUUCCCGUGCUAACUCGUUCCGAGUUUCGUUUUUAGCCGAUCUUUGAGCUUGGAACUGUUUGACGUAUCGUAUCUUUGAUUCAAAGAUUUAGAUUCAUAGCAUUUGGCAUUUGCUUGGUGUUUUGUUUUUACAGAAAAAGGGCAAGUGCUUCAGUUUUUGUACUUCAAAAACUGUACGAGAUUAGGUUUCUCUUUAUGUAAGGGAUUGGGCUUCUUCAUCCUUAUAAUCUACGUCCUCUUUCGUAUCUA